AUGGGAUUAUUAAUCCUGGCCCAGAAUAAAGGAGGCAGCAGAUUCCAUGCAGACCCUUCGGCGAAAGGAAGCAUCCAGUCACACACCUACCUUCAAGGGCUGCACCGGACUGGGGCUUUAACCAGAUGGCGUGGAGAGCAGCUCCUUACAAGUGUGCUCCCUGCAGGAGAUUCGUGGGGGAUCCUUGCCUUCCUGUGUGCCACGCUUUGGAACCUGCCUGGGGUGCCUGCCCUGAACCGCACGGACCAAGUGACCACCAGACAGUCCAUCCAGCAGAUGUACGACCUUACUCGCUAUCUGGAACACCAGCUGCACAUGCUUGCGGCCACUUAUCUCAACUACCUGGGGCCACCUUUCAAUGAGCCGGACUUUGACCCUCCCCGGAUAAUUGGGGUAGAAGCUGUGCCAAGUGCCACCGUAGACAUUCAGGAAUGGCACAGCUUGAAUGACAAUGCCCGGCUAGCGGCUAAUUACCAGGCCUACAGCCACCUGCUCUGCUACCUGAGGACCAUGGAUGGCACAGCUCCAACUGCAGUGCCGAGUCUGCGCCACAGCCUCACCCACUUUCGGGCUAGCCUGCAAGGGCUGCUGGGCUCGAUCGCAGGCAUCAUGGCUUCCCUGGGUUAUUCACUCCCAACUCCAGGGCCCCCUCUAGAGAUUACCCCACCCAGCCACUUCCUGCGCAAGAUGGAUGACUUCUGGCUGCUCAAAGAGCUACAGACCUGGCUGUGGCGCUCAGCCAAAGACUUCAACCGACUGCGCAAAAGGGUGCCUCCUUCCGCUGUUAUGCUGCAUCUGGAAACCAGAGGCUUUUGA